CCACCACUUCUAAACAACAAUCAUUGAAGGCCAACGUUCCUAUUUUCAAAACCCGUUGGAGCACGAAAUGGUUUUCAAAUCCACUUGACAGCCUCCUUCUCCUUCUCCUUCUCCUUCUCUCUCUUUACUUUUAGCCAAUCUCCAUCUCACCAUUAACAACAUCGUCGAAUCCUUUGAGGUUUCUCUCAAACUGAUGGGAUGCUUUCUUGGCUGUUUCUGCUUGUCUUCUAGGAGAAAGCGUAGAAAACCGGCUUCUAGAGACCAACAGAAACUUGGUAGGUAUGAACUUCUAGAUUCUGUUUCUACAGAUUGUGGCACAGCAGGGAAUUCCAUAACCUCUGAGGCUGAACUCAGCAAAAGACCUAAGGAGUCAUUGAACUAUAAGGUUAGAAAGAAGGUGAGCUUCAAUUUGAAUGUCAAGACUUAUGAGCCACUUCCAAAAGAGGAGUGCAGAAAUGAUUACUGGGAAAGUGAUGAGGAAGAGACUGACAAAGUUGCAGCAAAAGAAAGGCAAUCUUCUUCUAUAUCUGAAGGGGAUUCAUCCGCGUUCAAAAUGGCAUCUUAUCCAUCAAAUUAUAGAUAUAGAAACUGCGUUGACAGUUAUGAUGAAGAGUAUGAAGUACCACGUGAAGAAAGUGAUUUGGAUGAUGAAGAAGAAGAAUUCGACGAAGAAGAUGAAGAUGAUGAUAACAAUGGCUGCGAUAUAGAUGAAUUGAGAGUAAAUCAAAAGGAGUUAUUUGGACAAUUCAGCUCCUUAUCUGUGAGCUCACAGAAAAGAAAUUCUUUGACAAAGUUGGGAGAAGAGGGGACAACUGAAAAUCUAAAGCCCCUCGGUGAUUCAAAUGAGGGAGGAUUGAGAUCGCGCCAAUAUGUUCAUUCUGUGCUGAAACCAGUGGAAAAUCUCAGUCAAUGGAAAGCAGUGAAGGCAAAGGGAACACAACCACCAAAGCAACAGAGGAAAGAAAAUGUAGCAUCUGAGCAACACCCACCCCUUAGUUCACUCUCGAAUAUCAGUCACUCCACAGCUCUCAUGCAAGAAAUUGCAGUUGAUGCUAGCCUCUCAAACUGGGUAGUUCCUCCUGAUUCUUACCAGAAUAAAACUGCAUCCAAUGAUGUUGAGACCAAUCCAUUAAAGAAAAGCUUGUUUGACAGUACAUAUCCAUGGAGAAAUAAAGAAGAUACGCACAUUUCAGACAUUGCCAACUCGGAGACCUGCUAAGAAAAUUCCAUUUUUUUUACUCUUCAAGAUAGUGAUAAAUUCAAAAAAAAAAAGAAAAAAGAAAAACACAUGGAUCCAAGCUAGAGGCCAAUUUCCUGGAAAUCUACCUCAGGCGAGAAAGCAAAAGAGGUUGUUCUCAUAUGAAGUUGGGAUGAAUCUGUCCAUGGAAACGCAGCAGGGGGGUUGCUCUUGUUAUUUUCUGUAGCCUAUACUGGGCAAGUGUUGGAACAAUUUGGGAUGAUGUGAUCGUGUCUCUGUUUCUGAUUUUUGAUCCACUUCUUGGUGUUGUUUUGAGUGUAAAGAAGGUGAGCUUUAACUGUCUUGUUCCUCGACAUCAUUAUUUUAUUUUCCUCUUUUUUUCA